AUGGCCAACUACCAGGAUCAUCUCGAAGACAUUGUCCGCGACUUGUCCAACGAGUACCCUGGGAACGAGAUCUUCACGUCCCACCUGGUGACACUUAUCACGACAUACCCUCCACUUUUUGUGUAUGUCCAUGAUCCAACAACAGCUGGCAUCACUUGUUCCCUCGUCGAAACCGCCCUACAGUCGAUCUCCGCAUUCGACCCUUCCGCAUUCGACCCGGAGGACGGUGCGCCCCGACUUGUGUUCGCGCAGGUGAACGCGAUCACGUGCUUCACGCCCCGUCUGCUCUAUGACACCGCGUUGAACAGGCUCGCGAAGUGGCGCCCACAGUGGGAGGAAGGGUGUGAGAACUGGCCAGCUGCAGGCGGCUCUCUGCGGUAUAACGACAGCUUCGACGGGUUCAUGCACGGGCUGCGCGCGCUCAGGACAGAGCUUCUAGCGUCGGCAGCGAAAGAGAAUGCCAAGGAAAGAAACGGAAAGGGAAAGGUGAAGGCGAAGGUUGCGAACGAAGAUGUCAGGAUGAUCUUGGUCGUGGAGAAGGCCGAGAGAUUGAAGAGCAACUUGCCAGAGCUCAUAGUGCCUCUGACACGCCUGGCAGAAUCGUCUCAAGUCGACAUCACGACGAUCUUCAUCUCUGAAGCCCCAUGGGACGACAUGAAACCCCCUCUCGGGGCCUCAUUGGACCCAUAUCGAAUGGUCAUUCCGCCUCCCACGAAACAAGCCACCAUCCAACUGCUCAAUUCUUACUUCUCAGCUGCCGCUUCGUCCGACAGCGAUGUAUACAACCCGUCUCUCGCACCGCUCUACGCCCAUUUCGCUCAGGCACUCUACAGCGUCUGCUCUCCCUUCACCAACGACCCUCGCGAGCUGGCCUACAUCGCGGCUGCGCGUUGGCCAGGAUUCGUUCAACCAGUCCUAAAAGCGCACGCUCGGGAUCUCGCAGCUCUUCGCGAAGACGACCCUGAUGCCGACCUUCCGCUCGAGCCCCCCAGCGAAGACGCACGCAUGCGCCUCCUGCGCUACUUCACUCCCUCGCUCACUGUGGCCCUAGAAGCACUGUAUCCGCGCCUGACGAACGCAAAGGACUGGGCCAAUGCAAAUAUGCCAGAACCGGGCGCGUUGGAUCCCGGAAGAUCAGUCCCAUCGAGCCCGCGCAAAGAUAAGGGGAAGACACGAGAUGGCGGAGGAGACGUGGCGGCCGAGUUCGACACGGACGUGGCAGUGCAGUUUCUGCCUCGAAUGUCCAAGUUCAUCUUAGUGGCAGCCUUCCUCGCAUCGACGAACCCACCAAAAUCGGACUUGCGGAUGUUCGGCAGGGGCGUGGACGAUAGGCGAAAGCGUAAGAAAGGUGGUGGGACGCGUAAGAGCGCAGGAAAGAGCGGACCGGCAAAGAUUGCUCAGCGGCUGCUAGGGCCCAUGACGUUUCCUCUAGACCGCCUUUUGGCUAUCCUCGGUAUUCUCCUCGAGGAGUAUGAUUACGAUUCACGACCACAGGAGCCAGAGUACCUAUCAGGUGUACCUGGUGAGGAGACGGAGCUUGAGCUGGGAAGAGUGCAUGUCUACGGAGCGGUGGUCGAGCUGUCUACAGCCAGGCUCUUGCAUCGAACCUCCCCGUCAGACAAAUUGGACGGUCCCCCAACGUUCAAAUGUGGUAUUUCUUACGAUGUUGCCAUGGCUCUCGCGAAAGAUCUCUCAGUGCCACUGCUUGACUUGAUGUGGGACUCGAGUUGA